AUGCUGUGCCUCCCGGUCGCCUUCCAGUUGCUGCUGGUGCUGGUGCUGUGCAGCCAGGGCACAGAGAGGUGUCCUUCAGCCUUUUGCGAGUGUUCCGACUGGGAUGACUACAAAAUCACUUGCAGGGACAUCCACUUCAUUCCCAGCCUUCCGGAGGAUACACAGACCCUGAAGUUUAUGGAGACUCAUCUAAGAACAAUUCCAAGUGAUGCUUUUGCCAAUCUCCCCAACAUCUCUAGGAUCUACAUCUCCAUUGAUGAAACACUUCAGAGUCUGGAGGCUCAUUCUUUCAGCAGUUUAAGUAAAGUCACUCAUAUUGAAAUUCGAAAUCUUAGAAACUUGGAUUACAUAGACCCAGACGCCUUUAAGAACCUCCCACUGCUGAAAUACCUUGGUAUUUUUAAUACGGGACUCAAAAUAUUUCCAGACCUCACCAAAAUCUACUCGUCUGAUGUGAACUUCUUACUGGAAAUUGCAGAUAAUCCUUUCAUUACUUCAGUGCCUGCAAAUGCUUUCCAUGGGCUUUGUAACGAAUCUCUAACUCUCAAACUCUACAAUAACGGUUUUACCAGCAUCCAAGGCCACGCUUUUAAUGGGACAAAUCUGGAUGCCAU